GCUCGGGGAGAACUUCACGAGUGGCAUGUCCGUCACCUACAGCUGUGACCCGGGCUUCUCCCUCAUCGGCAAUGCUUCGCUUUCAUGCACGGCGGUGGGGAACUGGAGCCUCCCUUACCCUCGCUGUGCAGUGCUACAAUGUCCUUUGCCUCCAAAUAUUGACAAAGGAAAACACAAUAGCCAGGACUUGAGAGUUUUCACUCCUGGGAUGACCGUAAAUUACAGCUGUGACCCUGGCUACUACAUAAUGGGAGAGGCAUCAAUUUAUUGUACAGAUUCUGGAAACUGGAGCGUCCCUCUUCCUCAGUGCGAAGGUGGCUGUGCUGCCCCUCCAGGCUUACACUUUGCUGAGCUAACUGAGGAAUAUAAAAAUCAGAGAGAGUUUUCUGUUGGGGACACUGUGAAAUACACCUGCCAGCCUGGAUACAUGAGACACCCUGGAGUACCCCCAACAGUAACAUGCCUCAAAAAUCAAACGUGGUCUGAAGCACUAGAGUUUUGUAAAAGUGAAUAG